AUGAUAUCAAUCAAAAAGCCAUCAUCAUCAUCAUCAUCAUCAUCAUCAUCAUCAUCAUCAUCAUCAUCAUCAUCAUCAUCAUCAUCAUCAUCAUCAUCAUCAUCAUCAUCAUCAUCAUCAUCAUCAUCAUCAUCAUCAUCAUCAUCAUCAUCAUCAUCAUCAUCAUCAUCAUCAUCAUCAUCAUCAUCAUCAUCAUCAUCAUCAUCAUCAUCAUCAUCAUCAUCAUCAUCAUCAUCAUCAUCAUCAUCAUCAUCAUCAUCAUCAUCAUCAUCAUCAUCAUCAUCAUCAUCAUCAUCAUCAUCAUCAUCAUCAUCAUCAUCAUCAUCAUCAUCAUCAUCAUCAUCAUCAUCAUCAUCAUCAUCAUCAUCAUCAUCAUCAUCAUCAUCAUCAUCAUCAUCAUCAUCAUCAUCAUCAUCAUCAUCAUCAUCAUCAUCAUCAUCAUCAUCAUCAUCAUCAUCAUCAUCAUCAUCAUCAUCAUCAUCAUCAUCAUCAUCAUCAUCAUCAUCAUCAUCAUCAUCAUCAUCAUCAUCAUCAUCAUCAUCAUCAUCAUCAUCAUCAUCAUCAUCAUCAUCAUCAUCAUCAUCAUCAUCAUCAUCAUCAUCAUCAUCAUCAUCAUCAUCAUCAUCAUCAUCAUCAUCAUCAUCAUCAUCAUCAUCAUCAUCAUCAUCAUCAUCAUCAUCAUCAUCAUCAUCAUCAUCAUCAUCAUCAUCAUCAUCAUCAUCAUCAUCAUCAUCAUCAUCAUCAUCAUCAUCAUCAUCAUCAUCAUCAUCAUCAUCAUCAUCAUCAUCAUCAUCAUCAUCAUCAUCAUCAUCAUCAUCAUCAUCAUCAUCAUCAUCAUCAUCAUCAUCAUCAUCAUCAUCAUCAUCAUCAUCAUCAUCAUCAUCAUCAUCAUCAUCAUCAUCAUCAUCAUCAUCAUCAUCAUCAUCAUCAUCAUCAUCAUCAUCAUCAUCAUCAUCAUCAUCAUCAUCAUCAUCAUCAUCAUCAUCAUCAUCAUCAUCAUCAUCAUCAUCAUCAUCAUCAUCAUCAUCAUCAUCAUCAUCAUCAUCAUCAUCAUCAUCAUCAUCAUCAUCAUCAUCAUCAUCAUCAUCAUCAUCAUCAUCAUCAUCAUCAUCAUCAUCAUCAUCAUCAUCAUCAUCAUCAUCAUCAUCAUCAUCAUCAUCAUCAUCAUCAUCAUCAUCAUCAUCAUCAUCAUCAUCAUCAUCAUCAUCAUCAUCAUCAUCAUCAUCAUCAUCAUCAUCAUCAUCAUCAUCAUCAUCAUCAUCAUCAUCAUCAUCAUCAUCAUCAUCAUCAUCAUCAUCAUCAUCAUCAUCAUCAUCAUCAUCAUCAUCAUCAUCAUCAUCAUCAUCAUCAUCAUCAUCAUCAUCAUCAUCAUCAUCAUCAUCAUCAUCAUCAUCAUCAUCAUCAUCAUCAUCAUCAUCAUCAUCAUCAUCAUCAUCAUCAUCAUCAUCAUCAUCAUCAUCAUCAUCAUCAUCAUCAUCAUCAUCAUCAUCAUCAUCAUCAUCAUCAUCAUCAUCAUCAUCAUCAUCAUCAUCAUCAUCAUCAUCAUCAUCAUCAUCAUCAUCAUCAUCAUCAUCAUCAUCAUCAUCAUCAUCAUCAUCAUCAUCAUCAUCAUCAUCAUCAUCAUCAUCAUCAUCAUCAUCAUCAUCAUCAUCAUCAUCAUCAUCAUCAUCAUCAUCAUCAUCAUCAUCAUCAUCAUCAUCAUCAUCAUCAUCAUCAUCAUCAUCAUCAUCAUCAUCAUCAUCAUCAUCAUCAUCAUCAUCAUCAUCAUCAUCAUCAUCAUCAUCAUCAUCAUCAUCAUCAUCAUCAUCAUCAUCAUCAUCAUCAUCAUCAUCAUCAUCAUCAUCAUCAUCAUCAUCAUCAUCAUCAUCAUCAUCAUCAUCAUCAUCAUCAUCAUCAUCAUCAUCAUCAUCAUCAUCAUCAUCAUCAUCAUCAUCAUCAUCAUCAUCAUCAUCAUCAUCAUCAUCAUCAUCAUCAUCAUCAUCAUCAUCAUCAUCAUCAUCAUCAUCAUCAUCAUCAUCAUCAUCAUCAUCAUCAUCAUCAUCAUCAUCAUCAUCAUCAUCAUCAUCAUCAUCAUCAUCAUCAUCAUCAUCAUCAUCAUCAUCAUCAUCAUCAUCAUCAUCAUCAUCAUCAUCAUCAUCAUCAUCAUCAUCAUCAUCAUCAUCAUCAUCAUCAUCAUCAUCAUCAUCAUCAUCAUCAUCAUCAUCAUCAUCAUCAUCAUCAUCAUCAUCAUCAUCAUCAUCAUCAUCAUCAUCAUCAUCAUCAUCAUCAUCAUCAUCAUCAUCAUCAUCAUCAUCAUCAUCAUCAUCAUCAUCAUCAUCAUCAUCAUCAUCAUCAUCAUCAUCAUCAUCAUCAUCAUCAUCAUCAUCAUCAUCAUCAUCAUCAUCAUCAUCAUCAUCAUCAUCAUCAUCAUCAUCAUCAUCAUCAUCAUCAUCAUCAUCAUCAUCAUCAUCAUCAUCAUCAUCAUCAUCAUCAUCAUCAUCAUCAUCAUCAUCAUCAUCAUCAUCAUCAUCAUCAUCAUCAUCAUCAUCAUCAUCAUCAUCAUCAUCAUCAUCAUCAUCAUCAUCAUCAUCAUCAUCAUCAUCAUCAUCAUCAUCAUCAUCAUCAUCAUCAUCAUCAUCAUCAUCAUCAUCAUCAUCAUCAUCAUCAUCAUCAUCAUCAUCAUCAUCAUCAUCAUCAUCAUCAUCAUCAUCAUCAUCAUCAUCAUCAUCAUCAUCAUCAUCAUCAUCAUCAUCAUCAUCAUCAUCAUCAUCAUCAUCAUCAUCAUCAUCAUCAUCAUCAUCAUCAUCAUCAUCAUCAUCAUCAUCAUCAUCAUCAUCAUCAUCAUCAUCAUCAUCAUCAUCAUCAUCAUCAUCAUCAUCAUCAUCAUCAUCAUCAUCAUCAUCAUCAUCAUCAUCAUCAUCAUCAUCAUCAUCAUCAUCAUCAUCAUCAUCAUCAUCAUCAUCAUCAUCAUCAUCAUCAUCAUCAUCAUCAUCAUCAUCAUCAUCAUCAUCAUCAUCAUCAUCAUCAUCAUCAUCAUCAUCAUCAUCAUCAUCAUCAUCAUCAUCAUCAUCAUCAUCAUCAUCAUCAUCAUCAUCAUCAUCAUCAUCAUCAUCAUCAUCAUCAUCAUCAUCAUCAUCAUCAUCAUCAUCAUCAUCAUCAUCAUCAUCAUCAUCAUCAUCAUCAUCAUCAUCAUCAUCAUCAUCAUCAUCAUCAUCAUCAUCAUCAUCAUCAUCAUCAUCAUCAUCAUCAUCAUCAUCAUCAUCAUCAUCAUCAUCAUCAUCAUCAUCAUCAUCAUCAUCAUCAUCAUCAUCAUCAUCAUCAUCAUCAUCAUCAUCAUCAUCAUCAUCAUCAUCAUCAUCAUCAUCAUCAUCAUCAUCAUCAUCAUCAUCAUCAUCAUCAUCAUCAUCAUCAUCAUCAUCAUCAUCAUCAUCAUCAUCAUCAUCAUCAUCAUCAUCAUCAUCAUCAUCAUCAUCAUCAUCAUCAUCAUCAUCAUCAUCAUCAUCAUCAUCAUCAUCAUCAUCAUCAUCAUCAUCAUCAUCAUCAUCAUCAUCAUCAUCAUCAUCAUCAUCAUCAUCAUCAUCAUCAUCAUCAUCAUCAUCAUCAUCAUCAUCAUCAUCAUCAUCAUCAUCAUCAUCAUCAUCAUCAUCAUCAUCAUCAUCAUCAUCAUCAUCAUCAUCAUCAUCAUCAUCAUCAUCAUCAUCAUCAUCAUCAUCAUCAUCAUCAUCAUCAUCAUCAUCAUCAUCAUCAUCAUCAUCAUCAUCAUCAUCAUCAUCAUCAUCAUCAUCAUCAUCAUCAUCAUCAUCAUCAUCAUCAUCAUCAUCAUCAUCAUCAUCAUCAUCAUCAUCAUCAUCAUCAUCAUCAUCAUCAUCAUCAUCAUCAUCAUCAUCAUCAUCAUCAUCAUCAUCAUCAUCAUCAUCAUCAUCAUCAUCAUCAUCAUCAUCAUCAUCAUCAUCAUCAUCAUCAUCAUCAUCAUCAUCAUCAUCAUCAUCAUCAUCAUCAUCAUCAUCAUCAUCAUCAUCAUCAUCAUCAUCAUCAUCAUCAUCAUCAUCAUCAUCAUCAUCAUCAUCAUCAUCAUCAUCAUCAUCAUCAUCAUCAUCAUCAUCAUCAUCAUCAUCAUCAUCAUCAUCAUCAUCAUCAUCAUCAUCAUCAUCAUCAUCAUCAUCAUCAUCAUCAUCAUCAUCAUCAUCAUCAUCAUCAUCAUCAUCAUCAUCAUCAUCAUCAUCAUCAUCAUCAUCAUCAUCAUCAUCAUCAUCAUCAUCAUCAUCAUCAUCAUCAUCAUCAUCAUCAUCAUCAUCAUCAUCAUCAUCAUCAUCAUCAUCAUCAUCAUCAUCAUCAUCAUCAUCAUCAUCAUCAUCAUCAUCAUCAUCAUCAUCAUCAUCAUCAUCAUCAUCAUCAUCAUCAUCAUCAUCAUCAUCAUCAUCAUCAUCAUCAUCAUCAUCAUCAUCAUCAUCAUCAUCAUCAUCAUCAUCAUCAUCAUCAUCAUCAUCAUCAUCAUCAUCAUCAUCAUCAUCAUCAUCAUCAUCAUCAUCAUCAUCAUCAUCAUCAUCAUCAUCAUCAUCAUCAUCAUCAUCAUCAUCAUCAUCAUCAUCAUCAUCAUCAUCAUCAUCAUCAUCAUCAUCAUCAUCAUCAUCAUCAUCAUCAUCAUCAUCAUCAUCAUCAUCAUCAUCAUCAUCAUCAUCAUCAUCAUCAUCAUCAUCAUCAUCAUCAUCAUCAUCAUCAUCAUCAUCAUCAUCAUCAUCAUCAUCAUCAUCAUCAUCAUCAUCAUCAUCAUCAUCAUCAUCAUCAUCAUCAUCAUCAUCAUCAUCAUCAUCAUCAUCAUCAUCAUCAUCAUCAUCAUCAUCAUCAUCAUCAUCAUCAUCAUCAUCAUCAUCAUCAUCAUCAUCAUCAUCAUCAUCAUCAUCAUCAUCAUCAUCAUCAUCAUCAUCAUCAUCAUCAUCAUCAUCAUCAUCAUCAUCAUCAUCAUCAUCAUCAUCAUCAUCAUCAUCAUCAUCAUCAUCAUCAUCAUCAUCAUCAUCAUCAUCAUCAUCAUCAUCAUCAUCAUCAUCAUCAUCAUCAUCAUCAUCAUCAUCAUCAUCAUCAUCAUCAUCAUCAUCAUCAUCAUCAUCAUCAUCAUCAUCAUCAUCAUCAUCAUCAUCAUCAUCAUCAUCAUCAUCAUCAUCAUCAUCAUCAUCAUCAUCAUCAUCAUCAUCAUCAUCAUCAUCAUCAUCAUCAUCAUCAUCAUCAUCAUCAUCAUCAUCAUCAUCAUCAUCAUCAUCAUCAUCAUCAUCAUCAUCAUCAUCAUCAUCAUCAUCAUCAUCAUCAUCAUCAUCAUCAUCAUCAUCAUCAUCAUCAUCAUCAUCAUCAUCAUCAUCAUCAUCAUCAUCAUCAUCAUCAUCAUCAUCAUCAUCAUCAUCAUCAUCAUCAUCAUCAUCAUCAUCAUCAUCAUCAUCAUCAUCAUCAUCAUCAUCAUCAUCAUCAUCAUCAUCAUCAUCAUCAUCAUCAUCAUCAUCAUCAUCAUCAUCAUCAUCAUCAUCAUCAUCAUCAUCAUCAUCAUCAUCAUCAUCAUCAUCAUCAUCAUCAUCAUCAUCAUCAUCAUCAUCAUCAUCAUCAUCAUCAUCAUCAUCAUCAUCAUCAUCAUCAUCAUCAUCAUAA